CGGAAGCCUUACGUCGCCAAAAUAUUUUGUGUGAAAUAAUAAACGUUAGGCCUCCAAAAGAUAUUCAAUAAUUCCUGAUCAUUUAAAUUUUUAGAUAAUUAAUGUCUUUGCACGUUUGUCAACUUUUAGUCUAAAAAAAAACAAAAAAACGAAUGCCUCAUUUGUCCUCAAAUUAAAUGCAAAAGCGGUAAAUUGAAAACUUUAUUUUGUGACUUAAGGUCUCUGUGCUUGAAGAUUAUGAUUAGAAACUAAAAUCCUGAAAAUGCAAGUCUCCCUUGAUGUCCAUGGAAAAGAGUCAGGAAAAAUAUGGCACAGAAAGCCUACUCCUGGAUCAUGUGAUGGACAUGUGUGUACAAUAUGUAACCUGAUGUCCAGUGCCAUAUCUCUGCCUUCGAGGAAGAUCAGGUUUUUGCAAGCAGCAUUUGAUGCGACUGGGGAUUCUUUCAUAGCUGCUGAUUAUCAAGGGAAUAUAUUUGUUUUUGAUCUUGACAGAAACAGGUUUGCCCAAGUGCAGAGGAUAGGCACUCCAUGUACAGCUAUAGCUUUUAAUCUGCGCAGAAAAACAGAAUACCUAGUAGCACUGGCAGACUGCACCAUUAAAUGUUUUGAUACAGAUACCAAAGAGUUGGUUGCAUGGAUGAAAGGUCACAGCUCUCCUAUACAUACUAUCAGUGUACAUGCCUCAGGACGUUAUGCUAUCACAUGUUCAGCAGACACCGCACAGUUGUGGGAUUUAGACACAUUCUUACGUAAACGGAAGCUCAGCAUCAAAGAAAAUGUUGGAAUAACAAAGGUGUUCUUCCUUCCUCUGAGCAACACAAUUAUUACCUGCUUCAAGGAUGACUCUAUAUUUGCUUGGGAGUCCGACACACUUGUCUGUAAAUACCAGCUUCCAAUACCUGAUGAGGAGGAGACACCACAUUACAAGGAUUUCUCCGUCUCCAGGGAUGGUAGAAUAUUAGUAGCAGGAAGUAGAUCAAGGUUCCUACAUUUAUGGACAUUAGAUACCAAGACACUACACAAGGUUGUUCAACUACCAACUAAGGUGAAGGUCGUCAAGCAGCUAGAGUUCUUAGCUGAUAGUUUUGACGGAGGGGCUAGUCAGGUGUUAUGUGUUCUGGCCCAGGAUGGCAUUUUACGUGCUGUAAGCAUUUCCACUUGCAAGCUGCUUUUUGACCUAGGGAGUAUAGAAAAUAGAAUCAACAGCUUCAUAUUAGGUCCCACAGGUCGACAUAUUGUUAGUGUACAUGAAGAUGGAGAUAUGAAAGUUUGGAGUGUUGCUGCUCUAACUCAACAGUUAAAUCAACCUCCACCUCCGAUGGUGCGUGUCAUUGAGAGCAACAAGAUGGCCGACUCCGCUGACCAAUCAGCUGUGGCCAGAUCACUCACGAAGGUGCCAACAGGAAGGAGAAGCAAAAGGAAAACUGGACAAUCAAAGUCUGACGGUAGUAUUGGAGAGGGACUGAAUAAGGAUAAACUAUUCAGCAUUCUGAGGGGAUAUGGGGAAUAUCCAGCCAAAUACAGAGGGUUUAUCUGGAGAUGUCUGUUAAAACUACCAGAAAACCAUACAGCUUAUGCUGCCCUGGUAGACAAAGGAACACACUCAAUGUAUGCCAACAUCCACCAACAAUAUCCAAUCAAAAGUAGAAAGUUGCUGAGAAUCUUACAAAGGACUUUAUCAUGUAUAGCCCAUUGGUCUCCUAUUUUUGGUGAGACACAGUUCCUGCCCCUCAUGGCAUUCCCAUUUGUGAAGCUCUUCCAAAACAACCAACUUGUGUGCUUUGAGAUUAUUGCAUCCAUAUUAGUAAACUGGUGUCAACACUGGUUUGAGUUCUUUCCGAACCCUCCCAUUAACAUGCUGGCAAUGGUAGAGAAUCUAUUAGGUCACCAUGACAAACAUUUACUUCAGCACUUUGUCAAAUAUGGAGUCACCUCACAGAUUUAUGCCUGGCCACUUCUGGAGACUGUGAUGUCAGAGGUGCUUACAAAAGAUGAGUGGCUGAUGGUGUGGGAUAAUAUAUUUAGUAACCCCCCUGGUUACAUGUUACUGCUCAUUGUGGCUUACUGCAUAUGUAACAGAGGGCCACUCAUGAACUGCACUGAGUUGGAUGAUUUCAAAUACUUCUUCCACCAUCGCAAUGCAGUAGAUGUGCGAGAGGUUAUAGAGGAAGCAUACAGACUUCAAAAGGGAACACCAAAUGAUGUCAACCCAGAAGUGAAAUUGGAAGACUUUCAAUCACUCACUAAAGGCCAAUAUCCUGUGUUUAACAAGUUCCCAAAGUUUAUUGUGGACUAUCAGGUCAGGGAACGAGAGAAGAUACAGAAGGAAGAGGAAGAAUACCUCAGACAAAGACAGUUAACAUUGGAGCUUCAUCGUGAGGCAGAGAAACACAGGAGGGAGGAAGGAAACUGGCAGAGACAGCAAGAGAUUUUACAACAAGCAGAGGAAAGACGUAAACACAUCUUGGCUGAGGAAGAGCAGAAACUGCAGGACCAGAGAACAAGGAUGCAAGCAUUGAACCGAGAGGUGCAACUUAAGGAACUUGAAUUAUUAGAUGCCACACGCAGGAAAGCAAUGCAUCAGCAGACAAAGCAGGCACAGAAACAACUGAGAAAUCUGGAUGAAGAAAUACUCAAAAAAGUUGCUAUGAGAGAUGUUGAGACAGAAGCUGCCGUAACAGAUGCCGAAGUCAAGAAUCUGGAGUUGCAGCUGCAGAAGAAAUGUUUGGAACAGGAACUGCUGAGAAAGCAAGAACAGUCAAUACUGAAACACAACAUGACAACUGAUGCACAUCGGAAAGUGAGAGAGUUUGAGGAUAAACUGCUCAAGGAAACAGUCAAAGAAGAAAGCAAAAGAAAUAGGAAUGAUAGAAAGACUGCAGUAGAAAGACUUGCUAGGUCACAACAUGAGCAACAGGACAGUGAACUGGCAUCACAGUUACAAAGAAGACACCUGGCAGAUGAUCUAGAUGCUGCACAGAGGAUAAAACAGAUGGAGGAAAUGCAAAGUUUCAACCAGACCAUAGAACAAGAGAUCAAUGACUUGAUGGGAGACUUAGAGAAUAUUCAGGACACUAUCUCCCCUGCUAAGUUUAAUAACAAAAUAAAAGAUCGUGUUAAAGAUCAAAUAGGAACAAGUGAAUCCAACAAAUGUUUGAAUGACAGCCCCUCUGACACAUCUGUACAAUUUUCACUGGAUAGAGGGCGUCACAGAAUGGACACAAGGGAACAAGAUUUGAUGGCCGAUGUUCGAAGAUUAAGAGAAAAGUUAGCACAUGACAGUAGAAUGAUGAGACCCCCUCUGGUUGGACAAUAAAUGUGUUUUGUUUGAUCU